AUGGCGCCGCACAAGAACGACGAGGCGGAUGCCGAGGCAGAGCUCGCCUCGCAGCUCGCCGCCGAUAUCGCCGCUGCAGAGUCUUCCGCCGCCGCAAAGUCCAAGGCAUCUUCGUCUUCGUCGUCUAGCACACCAGCUGCCGAAAGACAGCCCUUCUCGUCGCUCGACCUCUCGGAACCAACACGCAAAGCCAUCGACGCGAUGGGUUUCAAGACCAUGACCGAGGUUCAGGCACGUUGCAUUCCCCCUCUCAUGGCCGGCAAAGAUGUCCUCGGUGCUGCGCAGACCGGCUCAGGAAAGACCUUGUCCUUCCUCAUCCCGGCCAUCGAGAUGCUUCACAGACUCAAAUUCAAGCCGAGAAACGGAACAGGGGCCAUCAUCAUCUCUCCCACACGUGAGCUCGCUCUUCAGAUCUUUGGCGUAGCAAAGGAGCUCAUGGCGCAUCACCACCAGACAUUCGGCAUCAUUAUGGGCGGUGCCAAUCGACGAGCAGAGGCCGACAAGCUGCAGAAGGGUGUCAAUCUCAUCGUCGCCACCCCAGGUCGUUUGCUCGAUCACUUGCAAAACACCAAGGGCUUCGUCUUUUCCAACAUCAAAGCGCUCUGCAUCGACGAAGCCGACCGUAUCCUCGAAGUUGGUUUCGAGGACGAGAUGCGACAGAUCAUCAAGAUCUUGCCCAACGAUAAUCGACAGAGCAUGCUCUUCUCGGCAACCCAGACCACCAAAGUGCAGGAUCUGGCACGCAUCUCUCUUCGUCCGGGACCUCUUUACAUCAACGUACACGCGGAUCUCGCAGCCAGCACAGUCUCGCGUCUCGAGCAAGGCUACGUCGUGUGCGAAUCCGAUCGACGUUUCCUCCUGCUCUUCACAUUCCUCAAGAAGAACGCCGGCAAAAAGAUUAUCGUCUUCAUGAGCUCUUGCAACUCGGUCAAGUACCACUCGGAUCUGCUCAACUUCAUCGACGUUCCCGUGCUCGACCUGCACGGUAAGCAGAAGCAACAGAAACGCACCAACACCUUCUUCGAAUACUGCAACGCGCCCUCCGGCACUUUGCUCUGCACAGACGUCGCUGCACGUGGUCUCGACAUCCCCAGCGUAGACUGGAUCAUUCAGUUCGACCCACCUGAUGACCCUCGUGACUACAUUCACCGUGUCGGUCGUACCGCUCGUGCGGGCAACAGCGGCAAGUCGCUGCUAUUCCUCCUGCCUACAGAGCUCGGCUUCCUGCGCUUCCUCAAGGUCGCAAAGGUGCCUCUGAACGAGUACACCUUCCCAUCCGACAAGGUGGCUAACGUUCAAGGUCAAUUGGAGAAGCUCAUCAGCAAGAACUACUAUCUCCACCAGUCGGCCCGCGAUGGAUACCGAUCCUAUUUGCAGGCGUACGGCUCAUACUCGCUCAAGCGCAUCUUUGAUAUUCACAAGCUCGACCUUGCCAAAGUAGCUAAAGCGUACGGAUUUUCAGUACCACCUAAAGUCAACAUCACCAUCGGCACCGGGCUCAAAGGCUCAGCGUCCAGCAGCAGUGGCGGCAAGCGCAAAGAGGUGGACGCGGACGGCGAGGGUGAUGGUGGAGACGACGAGACCAACCCCAAGAGGCAGCAAAGCGAUAGGAGAGCGUACUACCGAAGGAACCACCAGAACGGUGGAAGCAAGGAUCACUUCCGAAAAUCAGGUGCAAAUGCGACGGGGAACAAGGGAGGCAAGCAAUGGUCGAGAUGA